AUGAGUGACUCCAGGGCACAGGAAUCCAACGGGGAGGAAAAUCCCCAGAGAUUCCACAGGAAGAGGGGCUCCAAACCCAGCCCAGGGUGCUCUGAGGAGGAAAGACCCUCUCUUAGCCAAGAAGGUGGACAGAGCUUCAGCCAGAGCUCAGAGCUGGUGGUCCAUGAGCAGCUUAAUGAUGGAGAGAAGCCCCACAAAUGCUUGCAGUGUGGGAAGAGCUUCAGGCAGAGAAGCACCCUGAUCAGCCACCACAUGAUCCACACCGGGGAAUGGGCCUACGAGUGUGGGGAAUGUGGGAAGGGCUUCAGCUACAGGCACCGGCACAUCCACACUGGGGAGAGGCCCUAUGAGUGCCCCACCUGUGGGAAGAGGUUUCAGAGAAGCUCCAAUCUCCUCCUGCAAGAGCAGAUUCACACGGAUGAGAGGCCCUUUCACUGCCCUGAGUGCGGGAAGGGAUUCAACCGCAACUCCACCCUCAUCACCCACUGGCGCAUCCACACCAGGGAGAGGUCCUACGAGUGUCCCCAGUGCCUGAGCUGGUCUCCAUGGCAGUAA